AGUUUGUUCUUUAAUAUCUGGCUACGUAUCCACAAGGAUUUUUAAUUAGAGCUAUACUAGUGUCUGUACUGUGCUCUUGAAAAUUUUAGACAAUGACAACCCUUAAGGACUUUUCCCUUUCAGAAGAUGACUUCCAGAGAUAUCCUCAUUUUCACAGGCCAGGACUCAACUUUGUUGAUAUAAACCCCCUGUUUAGAGAAACGGAAAAGUUUAAACAAACGAUAACUACUAUUGCUGAUCAUUUAAAGGAAAAGCAUGGUGAUAAUAUUGAGAUAUUGGCCCUUGUGGAUGCAAAAGGCUUCGUGGUAGGCGCUGCAGUGGCAUUAGAAAUGGGACUUCCAUUCGUACUUUUGAGAAAGGGAGAGAAACUUCCAGGUUCCCUUUUGUCUGUAUCUUAUGUUUACAAUUAUGGCAAGUCCCUUUUGGAAGCACAAGAUGAUGCCAUAAAACCUGGUCAAAAGGUCGUAAUCAUAGAUGAUGUUGUAGGUAGUGGUGGAACUAUGGAGGCAGCCUGCAAUCUAGUUAGAAAGAUGGAAGGAAAUAUUCUAGAGGCUGCCUGUGUCAUUGAACUUCCUAGCUUAAAUGGAAGAGCCAAAUUUGGUGAUGUUCCAUUAUUUAGUGUAGUACAACUCGGAAAACCUGAGUUAGAAAAGGAGUUAUAAUCUUUAAAAUGCUAAUUAACAUAUAAAUGACCUGAAAAGUUUUCAGGUAUAUGUAAGCACUAGUGAUACAUGCA